UUCUUCCCUAGCACUAAUGGGAAGUUUUCGUGUUCUGUCUGUGGUGGAAUUUUGGAUACGAUUGAAACGUGCUUGGAAGAGAGCGGUAGAAUUUUAAUGGCAAUCAAGAGAUCUGAAUUAUCUCUAGAGCAUGCCCCAUAGCGGAUCCAAAGAAACUGAAUAUUCAUUUGGUCGCGCAUACUCACGAUGACGUUGGUUGGUUGAAAACGGUCGACCAAUAUUACUUUGGAAGUAAAUUUAUUUUCGUGGAAACUGCUUUCUUGUGGAAAUGGUGGCUGCGCCAGAACGACGAGACGAAACAAAAUGUGCGAAAUCUAGUCGAUCAAGGCAGAUUGGAAAUAAUCGGUGGUGGAUGGACCAUGAACGACGAGGCAGUCACCCACUAUCACUCCCUCGUGGAUCAAUACACUUGGGGUUUCAGACGUCUUAACGAUACCUUCGGAAGUUGCGCCAGGCCACAUAUAGGAUGGCAAAUAGAUCCUUUCGGCCAUUCGAGGGAACAAGCGUCUUUAUUCGCGCAAUUGGGAUUCGACGGAAUGUUCUUGGCUCGCCUCGAUUAUCAAGACAAGAGGAAAAGGCUCAGCGACAAAUCGAUGGAAUUCAUUUGGAAAGGCAGUCCAAACCUAGACACGCUACGCUUUGUUGUAGGAUCACGUGCAAACUUGUUCACGGUUGUACUGUACAACAAUUACAGCCCACCCCCUGGUUUUUGUUACGAUCUCCUGUGCAAUGACGAACCGAUAAACGAUGAUAUUAACAGCCCAGAUUAUAACGUUCAAGAGAGAAUCGAUACAUUUUUACAAUACGUGACCGACCAAGCUAAAGCGUAUCGUACGAACAACGUUAUAUUGACGAUGGGCGGAGAUUUCACUUAUCAACAAGCGGAAAUGUACUUCGCUAAUAUGGAGAAGCUAAUAAGGUACCUUCAUUCCUAUCGUCAAAUCGUCGAACAGUUGGUGCGUUACGCGCAUCUUCAAGCAACAUCCUACAACACUAAUAACGUUAUCUUUACAAUGGGCGAAGACUUUAACUAUCAACAGGCUGAAAUGUGGUUCAGCAAUUUGGACAGGUUGAUCAGAUACGUACAGAAAGAGAAAAGUUCCGAAGUAAAUAUAUUUUACUCGACACCGUCGUGCUACUUGAAGGCAGUCAACGAUGCAAAGCUUCAAUGGACAACGAAGGACGAUGACUUCUUCCCUUACGCGAGUGAUCCGCACUCAUAUUGGACCGGUUACUUCUCCUCCAGACCAACGAUCAAAUUCUUCGAAAGAAUGGGAAACAAUCUUUUGCAAAUAUCCAAACAAUUGGCCGUAGUGACGCGGUUGGAAGGUUACGAGGAGCAAUUGGAACGCUUCAGAGAAGCAAUGGGUGUAAUGCAACAUCACGACGCCGUUACCGGAACUGAGAAACAAUUAGUUGCAGAUGACUACGAACGCAUAUUGUACACCGGCGUGCAACAAGGCGUAAACGUCGCUUUUAAGGCUCUA